AUGGCUAUUAAAUUCCCCUUUCACCCGGGUCACAUCGCGUCGUGGCUGGCGGAAAAAGAAGACGAGGCGAGGAACUUCGACGAGCUCGUGAAUAAAUUCACUCGUUCCGGAGUGGAAAUUGAGGACGCCUCGAUCGCAUUUCACCUCAGCGAAACGAGGCCGACGGCAUGCUUCUUUUAUAAAGGCCUCGACGACGUCGAUCUCUACCUAGAAGGCCUCAACUCUUUCUUGAACGGAAACGAACCGGAUCUUCCCCUCGAGCCUUCUCCCUCAAUCUAUCGCAACCACGACGAAGUCCUCCAAUUGUUCGACUACCAGCGCAUAUUCCUUCAUUACGCCUGGGAGCAGGGAAGCCCGUUCACCUUCAUCGCCGCAGAAGCCACCGGAUUCGACGGUCCCUGCCUCAUCAGGCUCAGCCGAGGAAUCGACGGGAUGUCCCUGUUCGUCCCUCCGGGGGAACCCAGGGACCAACGCGUCUCGGCCGACGGCGCGGCCGCAGAAGUUCGCUGGACGUCGGCGCCGAGUGGGUCCGACAGUUCGACGUCUCGUUCCGAGCUCAGGGCGAUCCGCAGGGUCGCUGGAAAUGUGCCUCCGCCGAGGCGACGGUCGCGAGGAUUUCUGGGCUGGUUCCAGGGCAGGAAUACUUCUUCAAGGUCAGUUUCUAUUGAUUCAGACGGGUCCAUGCUCAUGGUAGCUGCAUCCAGUGACCUCGGCAUUGGGCCACCUAGUCCGACUGUCAGCUGGGAUUUCCGAACCGUUGAGGAUGAGAACCAGACGAGUUCCACCCGGUAUCGCGGGAGCCCCUCCCAUCCAUCGCCGGCUCAGGAGGCGAACGAGAAUCCCAAGCCGUCUCAUGGGAUCCGCGAACUCCCAAAGAGGAAAGUGAUGGAAGACGCCGCCCAUCGACUCGCGAAGUACGAAGUCGGCAGGCGGAGACCCAACAGCGGACCGACGAAGGUGCUCAUGGUCGUCGGGGCUACAGGCGCAGUGAAAUGGCUGGAUAAUUUCCGACUGAGGCUGGUCUCUGACGAAGCAAACGGGAGGUCCCAAACCAAAAGCCAGACGAAGUGGAUCACGGCGUACGUCCUCCACGGGGAAAAAGGGUUCGCACUGCCGUACGCGCUGACCGUCGUCGACACUCCGGGGUUCGGAGACACGGAAGGGAUUCGGGCGGAUCGGGAACUACAGGAGCAAAUUCGGGUUUUCUUCUCGAAGGGAGGAGACGAGGGCGUGGAUCAGCUCGACGGAAUCUGCUUCGUCGUCGAAGCCCCUUCCGUGAGGCUCACGCCCACUCAAGUCUACAUCUUCAACUCGGUUCCCUCCGUGUUCGGCAGCGACGUCAGAGACAGAAUCUUUGCGCUCGUCACCUCCGCGGACAACCAAUCUCCCCCCGUGCUGGCGGCCCUGAGGGAAGCCGGGAUCCCUUACAAGGAUUACAUCAAGUUUAACAACUCCGCCCUCUUCGCAUCGACUGACAGGUCUGACGCACUGAGCGAGGCGUUCUGGGGAAUCGGCAUCGCUAGCUUCAAAACGUUCUUCAGGAAGAUCAGGGACACCAAACCCCGAAAGAAGGAGUGCGACGUCAUAGAUGCAUCGACGGGGAGAUGCCUGGUCUGCCCCCUCCGAUGCGACUGGAAGGAACACGUCAACGGCAAAUACCGCUUCGAACUCACGGAGGAAGAGGAAACGAAGACUUCCGACGACGCAAAGGCGAAACACGAGCAGGUGACCGGGAAGAGACUGAACGCGGAAGGAAUCGUUAUCGCCCUCGCCCGGGAAUUUAACGAGGAGAUGGCGAAAUUCCUCAUCCUGACCCAGCGAGCGCACGCCUGCCUCCGACGGCUCGACGAAAUCGCCCUGAAGCCGAACCCGAUCGGGAUCGCCGACUACAUCGACAUCCUGAUCCAGGCGGAGAAGCAGGAAGCCCGACCCGACCUCAGACAGAGGAUCAAGUACCUCGAAGACGCCCGGGCGAUGGCGGAACUGGCCCUCGCGAUGAAGGACGAAUUCGAUCCAUUCCAGGAAUACGUGAAGGAAUUUGAGGAAGGCCGUAUCGGCUUCAGCUCGAAGCAAGGCCAGCUCGGCCUCUGCGACAGCUUCAUCGAGGAAGCCCUGCAGCUCUUGCACGGCCACCGAACUCUCGACAGAUGGCUAUUCAAUUCUCUUUUUCACCCGGCUCGCACCGUGUCGUGGCUGGCCGAAGAAGAAGACGAAGCAAGGAAUUUCGGCGAACUCGUGAAUAAAUUCACUCUUUCGUCAACUGAGUUAUACUCAGUUGGAUUAGAUCCACCAGAUCCCAACAACUUCGAAAUUCCCCCCGGGAACACAGGUGGAUUCAUCGAUAAAUUAUUAGAAACACGUGAUGCGAGACCUUUGCUCCCUUAUGCCUUUACUCCCUAUGUCUUAUUCUUGGCGAUGGACCUGGGCGAGAACCCCGUCAAGGCCAGCGAAGCGGUGGGGGAACAGGUCGAUCAGAACGAAGAGGAAGUGCAUGGAUGCUUCGAAUUUUUUCGGAAAUCCUCCUGGAGGGCACGCGGCCUGAUCCUCUAUGGUGGCCUCGUCACCCUUUUCGGAUUCGCCUCCUUCUCCAUCGUAGUUCCGUUCUACCCCGCUGUUGCGGAGAGGAAGGGCGCCAGCAGCACGACGAUUGGUCUGAUCGUCGGUGUUUUCUCUCUGGUCGCUUUCCUCUUGGGACCGAUCGUCGGCAAAUAUCUUCCGCAUAUAGGCCUGAACAGAGCGAUAUGUGGUGGGACAUUGCUCUCCGGGGUGGCCUGCAUAUCAUUUGGGUGAGUCGAAAAUCAAUAUUGA